CAUAAACAUGUCAGAUGGUGGUCCCUGCAUUUCAUUUUGGAAUUAUUGUAAUUAUUUAGUUAUUAUUUAAUAGAGCAGAAUGAAUAAGGAUUAGUGAACAGGUAUAAAGAGGACUUGACUGAUAACAGGAUUGGAAUUGUAAACAAUAAAUAGAAAGUACAUAUGUGACGCAUUUCCAUAUGAUAUGAUAGAUUAGCUCAUUAUUUGACUCAGUGGGACUUGGAGUCUGACCUCAUGAUUUAUUAGAUAUGUAAUAAAUCAGCUCAUAAUAAUAUUAGAGAUAUUUUAUCAGAUUUGAUAACAAGAAAGCUUUGAAUUGAUAUUGAAAUGGGCACUACUAUCUGGUACCAAGACAUUGAUGUUGAGGACAAUGAGGAGAUUAUAGCAGACAUACAGCGUAGAAUAACAGAGAUAGAAGAUGAUUUACAGAAUUGUAGGAAAUGUAAGGAUGACCUAGAACAGCAAGUCUCAGAGGCUGGUGAUACCCUGGACCCUGAGACAACUGACAACUUAGAAUUUUACAAUGCAAAUAUCUCUGGCCUAACAACUGAACUGAAUAACCUGAAAAGGAACCUCUCUCAGUUGAUGCAGAAAAGUUCAGCAGAUGAAGAAGCGAGACAUCAAGAGGAGCAGAGACGUCGACUUGAAGAGGAAAUUGCACGUCGCAAAGAGGAGGAUAAACGUCGAAGUGAGGAUAUGCGGGAACAAAUGAAACAAAAACGUCAACAAGUUCUCAAUGAAUUGGUUGAAACUGAGCGAAGUUUUGUUCGGGACAUGCAUCUAUGUAUUGAAACUUUCAUAGGGCCUGGUGUGAAACAGAACCCCAAUAUAGACACUGACACACUAUUUGGAAACAUGGUGGAGUUGGUAGAAUUGGCCGAAAAGUUACUCAACAGUAUGGAGGAAUAUACAAAAGAUAAACCAUUUGAGAAGCAACUUACAGGCUGUUGCUUCAGUUGGCUAAUAGAGGACAUGAAGAGUGUAUAUGCUCCAUAUUGCCGUAACCAUGACGAUGUGCUUGCACUUCUUGAAAAAUAUGAAGGGAAUGAAGCUGUCCAGGAAUAUUUUAGGCAAGGCUUGGACGUUAUUCGUGAGAAAAUUGUAGUGUUUGACAUUGGGUCUCUCCUCAUCAAGCCUGUCCAAAGGGUCCUCAAAUACCCCUUACUGCUCAAUGAACUACUGAAGAGUACGGAAGACAGUCACCCUGAUAAAGAAGGCCUCAUUAAAGCUAUGACUGGAAUGACGAAUGUCGCUCAGUACAUCAAUGAAUACAAGAGAAGGAAGGAUUUAGUAUUUAAGUAUCGACAGGAGUCUGACCAUUCAAUUGGGGACAAAAUGGCAAAGAUAAGUUUCCAUUCUCUCAAGAAAAAGACAGCUAGAAUCGGAAUGAGGCUCAGCACAAACCUUGGGAUAUCCAAUCAGACGGUGGAUGUCCAGUUCAAUGAGGAAGAGCUGAGGUUCAGAAAUGUGGAGAGAUGUUUGAGAACUGUCAAGAGUAACAUUUCACUAUUUAUGGAGCAUUUACAGGAGGUGACAUGGUGCCAAGAAGCCUUGGCCGCGGAUAUUGCAGACUUCUACACUGAGGGUUCUGGGAAGGAUGUCAUCCUCCAGUACCAGGUGGCGCAACAAGCCUUCUCUGAUAAGCAUUACAAAUUAUUUAAAGCACGGGUGGAUGACAGAGUGAUUCUCUCACUUAACAGACUCAUUGUUAUGUUCAAUGGACCCAAUCAGGUUGUGAAGAAACGCUAUGAUAAACUGUUAGACUUUGAUAGAAUAACCAAACAGCUGGAAAGUCUGAGAGCGGGGGAUCCUCUGUAUAAGAAAACAUCUGAUGACUUGGAUAUUGCCCACAAAAUGUAUGAAGCCCUCAAUGCGCAGUUGAAAGAUGAACUUCCCCAGUUGUGUGAAAUGUCACUGCUUGUCAUUGAAAAUUGUGCCAAAUCAUUCAUUUCCUUGCGGCGUGAACUCUUGCAGAAAAUUGUCAGUGACUUCCAACCCUUGAUUCAGCUUCCAUAUAUUACUACAUUGACGCAAGACCAGGCAAACAUGAUGGAUGCUUUUAAUAUAGCACACACACGACUCCUAGAGAAUCUUGCCAAUAUAUUACUGUGCCCUAAGUCCCUGAGAGAGGAACAUGAUGAUAAAGUGACAGAUUGGCCAGUCCAUGAUAAUAAAUCUCCCGAUGGAAAAGCACAGCCAAGUGAACCAACUGCUCAAUCUGGGGUUAGUCAACAGAGCGAGAGUCAACAGAUGUACAUUAGACAGCUCUACCCCCCAGACAAACUAUAUAAGGUAUUGCAACACUACACUGCGUCACACGUCAUGGACAUGGAUGCUGUCGCGGGAGAUCUUGUUGGCCUUAUUAAAGAUAAAGAUCCAAUGGGUGGCAAAGAUAGGUGGUUUAUUGAUAACGGAGUAAAGAAAGGUUUUGUGCCAAGCAGUAUUCUAGUGGCACUCUCACAGGUACAGGGUGACUCUAAUAUUGGGGCACAAACAAAAGAUGUAUCUGCUUAUGAACCUCAGACCACCAAUAGCACAGCAGCUAAACCAAAUGGCACAGAAAAUGUGCAAACUUACUCAAGUGAGAAACCACCCAUCGAGUUCUUGGAACCAGAGGUAUAUGUGCCCCACCCAGAGGUAAAUGUUCCCCACCGUGAGACUCACACCCCCCAGGGGAUGACAACACAAUUAGCCACGCAAGAUUCAAUGGACGCAUAUUUUGAUGAUGAUGUGCCAGAUGUCUCAUCCAAUGAAGAUAUUUAUCAAGCCGUCUAUUCUUUUGACGCACGUAAUGACCUUGAGUGUCCUUUAGUGGAGGGGGAGACAGUACGUGUGCUGGCAUUUACAGAUCAAGAAGGCAAUGAUGAGUGGUGGCUAGUUCUAACAUCGAGUAAUAAGCAAGGAUAUGUUCCCGCAAACUAUCUAUACAAAACUGCUGGCUAGAGAAGACACCUCUGAGCAUUUCAUUCUGUGUGAUUGUGCCUCAUUCUUUCUUUCUACAGAUCUUGAAUUUUCCAGGGAAUUCUAUUUAUACACUUCAAAGUGAUUAGCUAAUGAAUUGAAAGAUUCUUGAAACUGAAGGGGAGGGGAGAGUGUGUAUUGAACAAAGUGCUUGAGAUAAUGUUCAUAUGAAUCAUAUCUCAAGGUGUAUUACUUUGAAUUAGCCCAUAUGCAUUGCAAUGCAAUGUGAUUAUUAUUUCAAGUUUAUAUAAACAGGACCUACAAUAACGAUUCAUACUUGCUGCAUAACCAUGUGGACCCAACCCCCCUACUG